AGACACUAUGAUUGCUGCAAGCAAGAAUCCAGACUCCUCCUUUCUCUUUACACUUUCCCUUUUCCAUCUCUGUGGUGCAAGGCAACAAGGCAAGUAUGGAAUUUCACCUUUUGUUUCUUUAAAUACCUUGCAACAAAACCUGUUAUUCCCAUCCCUUGCCACCAUUUCAUAGCUUGGCAAAGAGAUCAAGCAAACCAAAACAGAGGAUGGCAGCAGGCUUGCAAGUGUUUGGUCAGCCAGCAUCUACCGAUGUUGCCAGGGUUCUGACAUGCCUCUUUGAGAAGAAUUUGGAGUUUGAGCUUGUCCGAAUCGAUACAUUCAAGAGACAGCACAAGCUUCCUGAGUUUAUUAAACUGCGGGAUCCGAGUGGGCAAGUUACAUUCAAACAUGGCAACAAAACUCUUGUCGAUCCACGGGCAAUUUGCCGGUACCUCUGUACCCAGUUCCCAAAUGAGGGAAACAGGAACCUCUACGGAACUGGUUCUCUGGAACGGGCGUCAAUAGAACAGUGGCUACAAGCAGAAGCACAAAACUUUAACCCUCCCAGCUCCGCCCUUGUCUUUCAUCUGGCAUUUGCUCCUCAUCUGGACAUUCCUCAAGACUAUGCUGCUAUUGCUGAAAAUGAAAAGAAACUUCAACAAGUCCUCAAUGUUUACGAUGAAAUACUCUCAAAGAAUGAGUACCUGGCUGGCGAUGAAUUCACCCUGGCUGAUCUUUCCCACCUACCAGACUCACAAUACAUUGUGGAUUCUGAUAGAGGGAGGAAGCUUUUCACUUCCAGGAAGAAUGUGGCUAGGUGGUUUGACCAAAUCUCAAGGCGCGAGGCAUGGGAGCAGGUUGUCAAGAUGCAGAUGGAGCAUCCUGGCGCGUUCGAGUAAUGGUUUAAUUGUUGCAAGAAAGUGGCGAGUUCAUCUUGAAGAGCUCAAUCUGGCUUCUACUGUCCUGUCUUCUGUCAUCAUGGUUUCUACUUGUGUUGCCGUCGUUUGUCAAAUCUACCAUCUACAUUGCCUUGUGAACCAAAAUAAUAUGAGGCCAGCUUGUGAUAUCCGCGUUCCAAAUUCUUUGUCUUGGUGUAUGGUGUAUAUCUACUGAAUAAAAAUAAAAAUAUUUAUCUGACUGCCAA